AUGGCUUCCCGCACUUUGCGGUGUCCACACACAUCACCGCUUCGGUCCCCAUCCUACAUAAACCAUCCAGCCCCCACACUUCCCCCAUUCCGUUCCCGCGACGCCAUGGCGCAGAUGGCCGCCCGCGCCGCUGCCCCGCACGCCAAGAUCCUGGAGGGCAAGGUCGCCGUGGUCACCGGCGCCAGCCGCGGGGCAGGCCGCGGGAUCGCCCUGGCGCUGGGCGACGCCGGCGCCACGGUUUACGUAACCGGCCGUAGCGUCCGGGGGGGCCCCGCCGUGGUCGAUGCGCCGGGUACCGUGGACGCCACCGCGGAGGACGUGGAGCGGCGCGGGGGCCGGGGAGUGGCGGUUCGUUGCGACCACACGGUGGCGUCGGAGGUGGAGGGGCUGUUCGCGAGGGUGGAGAGGGAGCAGGGGCGCCUGGACCUGCUUGUCAACAGCGUGUGGGGCGGCAACGAGAUCGACUUUUACUCGGGGGACGACGGCACCGCCCCCUUCUGGCGCCAGCCACCCGGCCACUGGCACGGCAUGAUGGAGGCCGGCGUGCACGCGUACCUGCUCGCAUCCGUGGCGGCCGCCCCCAUCAUGGUCUCCGCCGGCCGUGGCCUCAUCAUCAACGUCACCUUCUGGGACCAGGGCAAGUACACGGGCUACUUCUACUACGACCUGGCCAAGGCGGCCAUGUGCCGCAUGGCCUUCGGCAUGGCGGCAGACCUUAAGGAACACGGCGUUUCGGCGCUGGCGCUUUCACCGGGGUUUAUGAAGACGGAGCGUGUGGUGGCCGCGCACGAUGCUGCAGACUUGGCCGACGCGGAGACGCCCGAGUAUUUGGGGCGGGCGGUGGCGCAUUUGGCGGCAGACGCGGGGGUGAUGGCCAAGUCGGGGAGGACGCUGACUGUGGGGGAGCUGGCGAGGGAGUACGGGUUCACGGACGUGGACGGGCGGCAGCCGCCGCCGUUCAAGGUGCCGGAGGAAUUUCCUGGGAGGGAGGCUGGCCAGAUUUGA